AUCGGUAGGCAUGCAUGCCUGGACAACAGCAAUCCACUUCCGAGAGGGAGCCUACGUGCCGGGGCAAAUGUAAUGGUUUGGACAGGUUUUCUUUUGUUAUAACAGUCUUUUCGUCUACAUUCUCCUCUUUUUUCACAUACUAUCCAUGGUGCUAUUAAAGUUUAGUAACUGUCCAUCUAGUGCACAUGUGAUUAUGUAUGAUAUCUGACCUGUUCAGAAGGAGGCAGGGACAUAAACAUCACCUCGUUCAAAAAAUUAGGAAGAUCCGACCAUCAAGGAUGCUAACGGUGUGAUCCACCUGAUGGGCAGGAUUGCCCUUUUUUUUUUUUUUUUUUCCUGUGCCGGUUGUUGCUUAAAAACUGGCACUGUCAAAUAUAGAAUGUUAGAAUAGAGAAGCGCAACGUACACGAAAUUUCAGUAUAAGAAGUGUUCGAUUAAUAAAUGUCAUUUUAGCCAUCCAAAUCAAUACACUUGAUCGGGCACUUAUAUCAAGUCUCCAUCUUCACCACACUAACAAUAAAGCAAUGGAGAUUAAUGAAUCAUGUGGGCCCCAAUAUUCCGUAUAUAAACUCAACUUAAGAGUAAGUGUAUGCACCCACUUCCAUAAUCUCAUCACCAGAUCAUCCAUACACUCCUCCCUUACCACCAUGGUUUCCUUAACCAAAUCUUUCUUCAUAGCCUUGUUCAUCUUGGGAGUCUGGGCUUCUCAAGCCAUGGGCCGCACUAUACAGGAAGUGUCCAUGUCCGACAGGUACGAGCAAUGGAUGGCUCGAUAUGGUCGCACGUACAAGGAUGCAGCUGAGAAAGAGCUACGUUUCAAGAUAUUCAAGGACAAUGUGGAAUUCAUAGAAUCCUUCAACAAUGCUGGGGACCGAUCUUACAAGCUAGGUGUAAAUGAAUUUGCAGACCAAACCAACGAGGAGUUCAAGGUCAGCCGUAACGGAUUUAGGCCCACUCAAACAAGAGUAUUGAGAGCCACGUCGUUCAUGUAUGAGAACGUGACUGUGCCAGCUAGUAUGGAUUGGAGAAAGAAAGGUGCUGUGACCCCAAUCAAAGACCAAGGACAAUGUGGAUGUUGCUGGGCAUUCUCAGCGGUAGCGGCCACGGAAGGGAUUACACAACUCAAGACAGGGAAGUUGCUUUCCUUAUCUGAGCAAGAAGUGGUGGAUUGUGAUACCAAAGGUGAGGAUCAAGGCUGUGCAGGAGGUUUCAUGGAUGGCGCCUUCGAUUUCAUUCAACACAACAGAGGACUUACAACAGAAGCCAAGUACCCCUACAUGGCAGUUGAUGGCACUUGCAACUCCAAGAAGGAAGCCAACCCAGUGGCUAAGAUCAACGGUCACCAAGAUGUUACGGCCAACAGUGAGAAAGCUCUGUUGAAGGCUGUGGCCAACCAACCCGUUUCUGUUGCAAUUGAUGCUAGUGGAUCUGCCUUCCAGUUUUACUCAAGCGGUGUAUUUACAGGAGAUUGUGGUACCGAACUAGACCAUGGAGUGACGGCUGUUGGAUAUGGGACGACAGAUGAUGGGACAAAGUAUUGGAUAGUGAAGAAUUCAUGGGGAACUUCAUGGGGUGAAAAUGGAUACAUAAUGAUGGAGAGGGAUAUUGCUGCUAAAGAAGGGAUAUGUGGUAUUGCCAUGAUGGCUUCUUAUCCCACCGCUGCUUAAUCCUCACUAGCUGCAUAUAUCAUGCUUG